AAUGAAUAUACUUUUUGUAUUGAUAUUAUGUAUUAUUUUAUAUUCAAUAUUUGAUUUGAUCAAAAAAAAUAAAAAAUUUUCAAAGAAUGAUCCUCCUGGAUUUAAAGUUUCUUUACCAAUAAUGGGUGAUUUGCUUCAAAUUGGUGACCGUCCUCAUAGAACAUUUAAGGAAUUAGAAGAAAAGUUUAAUAAAGGUAUAUUUAAACUAUGGAUGGGUGAUAUCUAUACUGUUGUAGUAACUGAUGUUGAUAUGAUAAAUGAAGUAUUGGUUAAGAAAGGAAAUAUCUUUGUAAAUAGACCAAGUGUAAACUCAUUUAAUCAGUGGUCAUAUAAUGGUCGUGGGUUAGUAAUGGCUAAUGAUAAUGAAUGGAGAAGAAUUAGAAACUUGGUUGCUGGUGCUUUUUCGAAAACUAAAGUUUCAAGAAUUAGUGGAUUAAUUGAAGAUCAAACUAGACACUUGAUAAAUAGCCUAAAUGAACACAAUGAAAAAAAUAUACCUUUUUAUCCAAAAGCUUUACUCAGUAAAUUCACCCUAAAUGUUAUUGGAAGAUUAUUUUUUUCAAAAGAUGUUUGCACUGAUGAAGAUAUCGCUGCUGUAGAAAACCAAACCAAAAGAUUAAUUGUUCCAAUUUUAAAAGUAUUUAAAACAUUGGGUAUAGGUCAUUUAGAUGAUUUUAUAAGUAUUAUAUAUCCAUUUUUAUUCCUUAAAAGAAAAAAUUUACAAGUAUCAAUAGAUGAAAUAUAUGACUUUAUGAAAGAAAUUUAUUUUGAUCACUUAAAGAACAUAGAUUAUGAAAAUCCAAAAGAUUUAAUGGAUAUUUUAAUUAUUGAUACUGAUGGAAAAGAUGAAAAACUUGUUGUACAUACAGCCAUGGACUUUUUAUUAGGAGGAAGUCACACAUCUGAAAGCACAAUGCAAUACUUUUUAUUAAAAAUAGUAGAGCAGCCACACAUCCAAAAGAAAGUUUAUGAAGAAAUGAUAUCAGUUGCUGGUGAAGAUUGUAAAUUUAUUACCUUGGAUCAUUGUAAAAAACUAACCUAUCUUAAUGCCUGUAUUAAAGAAGUUCUUAGAAUGAUGCCAAUCACACCACUUUCAGUUCCAAGAGUUAACAAUGAGGAUACAGAGAUUGGUGGAUAUUUUGUUCCAAAAGGGACUCAAAUAAUUCCAAAUUUAUAUGGUUUAAGUAAUUUAGCUAAAUAUGUAGAGAAUCCUGAAAAAUAUAUACCAGAAAGAUGGUUGGAACCAAACAAUAAUAAUAACACCAAUAUAAGCCCAUCCACUGAUAAAUAUUUUAAUAAUUUAAUGAAAGUAUCAGUACCAUUUAGUGCAGGUAUUAGAGGUUGUCCAGCAUAUUUCCUCGCAAUUGAUGAGAUUAUGAGUUCGUGCUCCAACAUGGUCUUAAACUAUACAUUUGAGUCAUUUGAUGGGAAAACAAUUGACCAAACUGAGGUAUUUGGUUUAACAGUAUAUCCAAAGCCCUAUCAUUUAAAAAUAAACAAAAGAAACUAAAAAAGAUAUUUUAUAAAAAUAAAAAUAAAUAUAAUAAACUUUAUUUACAAUCAAUUAAUUUAAUUGAUUGACUGUUACUCU